AUGUUUUCUCUGCGGCGAAGCGAUCGACUGGACCCUCGCAGCGCGACGGCAUUCGCCCGCGUCCUCUUUAUAAGCCUGCUUGCUCUUACUCUAUCGGGGGCGGCGGCGGCGGGCGCAGCAGCAGCCGGUUGCGAGGCGUCGACCCUGUCGGGUUACCAGCAUAUGCGAGACCUCACGGGGCAAGGGUUCAUUCUCCACUGGUCGCUCGCGACUCCCAGCCGACUCGACAUCGCGGUCGAGGCGAAGCCGGGGAGCGGCGCGGAGAACGGAUGGAUCUCCGUGGGGUGGUCCGCGAACGGGAAAAUGGCUCCCGCGGACGCCGUCAUUGGUAACCUGCCGGGCGUCGCGGUCGGCGCGUACGACAUCAGCGGAUACGACGGAACGACCGUUGUCGCUUCGACGACCUUCAAGAUCUCCGGAGGGCUGCUGAGCAGCGCCAACGGACGCAGCACGAUCAUCAAGUUCUCGCGCUCCCAGGGCGACGGAGGGAGCGCCCCGCUCGUCCUCACAGGUCCAGCCACCAACACCAUCAUCUGGGGCUACUCCGCUGCUGCCAGCAAGGCUCUGGACUACCAUGGCACCUUCCAAGGCUCGGCUAAGAUCAGCUUCAACUGCGGCGGCGGCAACUCCACCGCCACCACCCCUGUCCCUACUCCGGCAACACCCACUCCUGCUCCUGGUAGCACUGGUGCUGGUGGCGCUGGUGGCAGCACCAGCGGCGGCACUAGCAGCGGCAGCGGCAGUGGUAGUAGCAGCAGUGGCGCGGCUAAUUUGCCGGCGUGUGAUGCGUCCACGCUGGCAGGAUACGAGCAUUCCAAGGACCUCACGGGGAAAGGGUUCCUCCUCCACUGGACGCUCACCCCUGCCGGCCAGCUGGACAUGGCACUAGAAGCCAAACCGGCCAGUGGCGCCAACAAGGGGUGGAUUUCGCUGGGUUGGUCGGCGGCCGGCAAGAUGUACCCUGCAGAUACGGUCAUUGGGAAUCUCCCGGAUGGGUCCGUGGGCGCGUAUGACAUGAGCGGUUACGACGCGUCUGCUGUGCUUCCGUCGACCAACUUCAAGAUCAGCAAGGCAUCGACGGUCGCUGCCAACGGCGGCAGCACCAUAAUCAAGUUCUCGCGCUCCAAGGGCGACGGAGGCAUCUCCCCGCUCGUCCUCACAGGUCCAGCCACCAACACCAUCAUCUGGGGCUACUCCGCUGAUGACAGCAAGGCUCUGGACUACCACGGCACCUUCCGUGGCUCCGCUAAGAUCAGCUUCAACUGCAACAGCAACGCCGGUGCUGGUGCCGGCGCUGGUGCGGGUGCGGGUGCGGGUGCGGGUGCGGGUGCUGGUAAUAACGGCACAAGCACAGGCGGUAGCAGCAGCAGCAGCAGCAGUGGUAGCACUAGCAGUGGGAGCGGGAGCAGCAGUGCAGCUAGUGCGAGCUCUAGCAGCAGCGGGAAGGGGAGUGGUUGCACGCCGUCCACCAUCCCUGGCCUUGAGUGCUCCACCAAGCUCAGUGGCGACAGUUUCAUUCUCCACUGGAAGGCCAACGCCUCGACCAUCAGCUUCGCCUGCGAGGUGGCAACCACCGGGUGGGUCUCCCUGGGGUGGAGCGCAGACGGCAAGAUGUACCCCGCUGACGCUGUCGUCGGCACCGGCAGCGGUAACGGCGCUUCAGUUGCGCCUCAUUCCAUUUCCAGCUACACCAGUGUGACGCCGAGCUCAGCCUUUGCAAUCUCAGCUACGGCGGUUGAGUCGGGGGCAAAAGGGAAGACGGUGGUCAAGUUUACCCGACAGCUGUCGGUUGGGUCGUUCCCUAUCAAUGCGAACGGUGUGACUAAGGUCAUCUGGGCUUACUCGGCUGAUGGCUCGCAGUCUCUCGCCAACCAUAUGACCAACAGAGGCUCUGCGUCCAUCGAUUUCAUCUCUGGAAGCACAACGGUUUCGUCCACUGCACCGCCCUCAACCACUCUCUUAGUCGUCCACGCAUGGCUGCUCGGCAUCGCGUUCGGCAUCCUCAUGCCAGCUGCUAUUCUCAUCUCGCGAAUCUUCCUCGCCGAUAAGCUCCAGGAGCGUCCGCCUGGUGUGGACCACGACAAGUGGGAGGCGCAGGUUGCGCGCGCGAAAUCCUGGAAGCCACUUGCGUUUGAGACGCACAAGUGGAUGCAGAUCACCGCGGUUGCGAUCGCUAUCGCGGGGUGUAUUAUCGUGUUUGUGCAAUCCGGCUCGGUGGGGCUGCAGAGCUCCCACGGACAGCUAGGUCUCGCGAUCUUUGUGCUGAUUUUCGUGCAGCCUAUGAUUGGUCACUUCCGGCCGAACAAGGGUACAGUGAAUCGGCCGACGUGGUUCGUCAUCCACUGGGUGCUCGGCAUUGGUAUUGUCGGACUCGCGUGGCUCAACACUUUCCUCGGAUUCGACAUCAUGCAGACAAAAUACUCGUUCAACCUCCAGUGGUGCUACAUCAUCUUUGGGGUCACAGUUGGCCUUCUGGGAGCCAUCUACCUUGUCAUUUACAUCACGGAUCAGGUUGUCGCACUCAUUUCGAUGAUCCAAAAGGCAACAAACUCAAACGAGGAGAGGGAUGCGGGGAAGCAACUGGUGAUAAAUCAUGUACCAGUAUAG